AUGCACAUGCGCAGCAGCGGCUUCCAGGUAGAUCUGCUGCAUGAGACCAAUGAGUGGUGGAAGGCCCGGAGCCCGCUGCAGUGGGAAAAAGAAAACGAAGAGCAGCAGCAGCAGCAGCAGCAGCAGCAGCAGGAGCAGCAGCAGCAGCAGCAGCUGUUUGCUGCAACGAUGGACGCGGCGAGAGGUCUCCACGUAGCAGACGCCGACCUUGUGCUGCUGCUGGGGCGCGUGAAGAGCGCUAGAGAAUAUCAGCACUUGGCGGGGCGAGUUGGCCGGUGCGGCCGCCAAGGCGUUUCCGUGGCGGUCUCCGGAGAAGACACUCAGCGCGCCCUGAGGGGCUGGCAAAAGACUCUGGGUGUCUCCUUUGAGCCUUUUGCUGCUCUUUUGCAAUCUUUAAAAGAAAAAGAAAUAAAUGAAAUAAAUGAAAUAAGUGAAAUAAAAGAAAUAAAAGAAAUAAAAGAAUUAAAAGAUAUAAAAGAAAUAAAAAAAGAGAAGACACCGAGAGACACAAACCCCCAGCUGCCCGCAGCCUCGCUGCAGCUUGCUGCAGCACAGAAACACACACAGCCGGAACCCCCUGCAGGCCAGCAGCAGCAGCAGCAGCAGCAGCAGCAGCAGCAGCAGCAGCAGCAGCCGGAGCCCCUACAGGAGCAGCUGCAGCAGCCGCACCAGUACCUUCAGCGGCAGCAGCGGCUGCAGCCGCAACACCCGCAGCAACAACAGUUGCAACAGCAGCAGGAGCAGCAGCAGCAGCAGCAGCAGCAGCAGCAGCAGCAGCAGCAGACUGAACCACGACACGAGGACACGGGUCUGCUGCGGCCCAGCUCUUUGCUGCUGCCAUCUUUGCUGCUGGACUAG